AUGGCUUGUUGCUUGUCUGAAGAGGCACGCGAGCAAAAGCGAAUCAAUCAAGAAAUCGAGAAACAAUUGCAACGAGACAAGAGAAAUGCGAGAAGAGAGCUCAAAUUGUUGCUACUUGGUACGGGAGAGUCCGGUAAAUCGACAUUUAUCAAACAAAUGCGAAUCAUUCAUGGACAAGGGUACUCUGAAGAAGAUAAACGACAACACAUUCGACUCGUUUAUCAGAAUGUUUUUAUGGCCAUGCAGGCAAUGAUUCGAGCGAUGGACACACUGGGAAUCCCCUAUGGGGACACGUCCGCUGAGCUGCAGGACAAAGCGAGUGUCGUGAGGGCGGUCGAUUAUGAGAAUGUCACCUCGUUUGAGGAACCCUAUGUUGCCUAUAUUAAGGAUCUAUGGGAAGACUCGGGCAUUCAAGAGUGCUAUGACCGACGGAGAGAAUACCAAUUGACCGAUUCGGCCAAAUAUUACCUCUCGGAUUUGGAUCGAUUAGCUGUGCCGGACUAUUUACCCACCGAGCAGGACAUUUUGCGUGUUCGUGUGCCCACAACGGGUAUCAUCGAGUAUCCAUUUGAUUUGGAGCAGAUCAUUUUUCGAAUGGUCGACGUGGGCGGGCAGCGAUCAGAGCGAAGGAAAUGGAUUCAUUGUUUUGAAAAUGUUACAUCAAUCAUGUUUCUCGUGGCGCUCUCCGAGUACGAUCAGGUGCUCGUUGAGUGCGAUAAUGAGAAUCGAAUGGAGGAGUCAAAGGCGUUAUUCCGAACGAUCAUCACAUAUCCGUGGUUUACGAAUUCUUCGGUGAUACUCUUUCUCAACAAAAAGGAUUUGCUAGAAGAGAAGAUACUCUACUCACAUUUGGCCGACUACUUUCCCGAGUAUGAUGGCCCACCCCGAGAUCCGAUCGCUGCACGAGAGUUCAUUUUGAAGAUGUUUGUCGAUUUAAAUCCCGAUGCCGACAAGAUUAUCUAUUCACAUUUCACUUGUGCCACUGACACGGAAAACAUUCGUUUCGUGUUCGCGGCGGUGAAGGACACCAUCUUGCAGCAUAAUCUCAAGGAGUACAAUCUGGUG